AUGGCUGGCGAGAGCAUGGACAUUGAGAGUGCCGAGAAGCAGCUCAAAUCGCUGGACCACUCGGAACAGCACUACUUCAACAGCUACAACCACCAUGGCAUCCAUGAGGAAAUGUUGAAAGAUGAAGUCCGGACGAGAUCAUACAUGAACGCCAUUGUACAGAACAAGCACAUCUUCAAGGACAAGAUCGUGCUCGAUGUCGGAUGCGGGACUGGUAUUCUGUCCAUGUUCGCGGCCAAGGCCGGCGCAAAGCACGUCAUCGGCGUCGACAUGUCGACCAUCAUCUUCAAGGCUCGCGAGAUCGUCGAGGUCAACGGGCUGUCGGACAAGAUCACGCUGAUCCAGGGCAAGAUGGAGGAGAUUGAGAUGCCGUUCCCCAAGGUCGACAUCAUCAUCUCCGAGUGGAUGGGCUAUUUCCUGCUGUACGAGAGCAUGCUCGACACUGUCCUGUACGCCCGCGACACGUACCUCAACAAAGACGGCUUGAUCUUCCCGGACAAGGCGACGAUUUUUGUUGCGGGGAUUGAGGAUGGUGAUUACAAGGAGGAGAAGAUUGGCUUCUGGGACAACGUCUACGGCUUCGACUACAGCCCGCUCAAGAAAACCGCCCUCUCGGAACCCCUCGUCGACACAGUCGAAAUGAAAGCCGUCGUAACCGACCCGACCCCCGUCCUCACCCUCGACCUCUACAAAGUGCAAACCGCCGACCUGGCCUUCAGCUGCCCCUUCGACCUGACGGCGCGGCGCGACGAUUUCAUCCACGCCCUCGUCGCCUGGUUCGACAUCGAGUUCACCGCCUGCCACAAGCCCAUCCGCUUCUCCACGGGGCCCCACACCAAGUACACCCACUGGAAGCAGACCGUCUUUUACCUCCAGGAUGUUCUCACUGUCCAGCAGGGCGAGAAGGUCGAGUGUGCGCUGCAUAAUCGGCCGAAUGAGAAGAAUAAGCGCGAUUUGGAUAUUAAGGUUGAGUAUCGGCUCGAGACGGACGAUCCGAACCGGCAGGCGAGUGGGGUGGGGCUUUACAAGAUGUGCUAG